AGAGAAAAGUUUAUGUCUACAAGUUUAGAAAGUUCAUCAUUUGAUGACAAAGAAAUAGAUGAGCAUGGUGUUCAUAAAGUCCUCUUUCCUCGUAGUAUGAAAAAGGAGUUUAUGGAGAUGAGAAGUAAAUUUGGUUCUACAUUUUAUAUAGUCCGUCGUAUUUUCAAAACAAUGAAAAAUGUAUUGGAUGUUGAUGAAGUGAAGGAAUGUAUUAUUGAUUGGUUUCCUCAUCUGAAGCCUCAACUUUCUUAUAAGAAGACCAUUGAUGAUGUAUUAGAUGUACUGAAGAGGAAGUGCAGUAUCAUUGACUUAAGUCUCCUUGAAGCUUUGGUCUCUCGGUUCAACAUAGAAGAGAUUGAGCCAAUUAUUAAAUCAUUCAAAAAGGAAGCUAAGGAUUUCUGUAAGUCAGUAUCAGUGAGUCUUUGCCUUGAUGAGAAGCUACAAGCAGCCGCUACUCCAUCUCACCUUCUAUGUGAAACAGUUGUAUUUGUGUUCAACUGGGAUCCUGAUGAGUAUACACUGCAGGAUAUCAAUGAUGUAUUGGAUGAGUUAGAGCUACUUAAUAGAUUUAAGUACCACUUACAGAUUGAUAAAGUAGACCUAGUUGAUAGUGAUCAAUCAGUUGUAGAUCUAUUUAAACAAACACAGAAGUCAUUAACAUCAGGUGAUAUUGAUGACUUAAAUAAAGAAAUUAAAGCGAAAGAUCAAAAGAGUGAAAAUUUUAAAGCUGUUAUUAGAGAAAAAGAGAUGAAAUCAGACACUGAAGUUAUGGAUUUACAAUAUACCCUCAAAGAUAAAGAAGAAAAGAUGACUGCUGUCAUAAAAAAUAUGAGUUUGUUCAACAACAAUUAAAUGCAAAGGAUGAUGAGGUCAAUGCACUCACUAGUG